AUGGCUGCUUUGGCGAUGGCUCUCUCUUGUUUCAUCUUCCUUCAAAUAUUGCUCCUUAUAGCUCCAACCAAUGCCCAAGGAUUGAAAGUUGGUUUCUACGACAAGACAUGCCCAAAAGCCGAGCUUAUUGCUAAGAAUUCUGUCUUAGACGCGAUGAAAAAGGAUCCAAAACUUGGAGCUCCUUUGCUCAGAAUGUUCUUCCACGAUUGCUUCGUUCGGGGAUGCGACGGGUCGGUCUUGCUAGAGCUGAAAAACAAGCAAGAUGAAAAGAACGCAGCUCCUAACCUUAGCCUUCGAGGGUUUGAGACCAUAGACAAUGUCAAGGCAGCUCUAGAAAAGGAGUGUCCAGGCGUUGUUUCUUGCUCAGAUGUCUUGGCUCUUGUCACUAGAGACGCAGUGGCUGCGCUUUAUGGACAGUCGUGGGGAGUUGAAACGGGAAGGAGAGACGGUAAGGUUACAAACAUCAAUGAGGCCCUAUCGAACUUACCAACACCAGGUGAUAAUAUCACUAGUCUUAUCACCCAAUUCCAGGCCAAAGGCCUCGACAAGAACGACCUCGUCGUACUUUCAGGUGGUCAUACGAUUGGGCACGGACAUUGUCCUCUAAUCUUAAACCGGCUCUACAAUUUCACCGGAAAAGGAGACAGCGAUCCGAACUUAGACCCGAAUUACGCAGCUGCCCUCAGAAAAAAAUGCAAGCCGACCGAUACCACGACAGCUCUAGAAAUGGAUCCAGGAAGCUUCAAAACAUUCGAUGAGAGCUACUUCAAGCUUGUGUCUCAAAGAAGAGGGUUAUUUCAAUCUGACGCGGCUCUUUUAGACAACCAAGAAACUAAGUCUUACGUGCUCAAGCAAAUAAAAAGUUCUGGCUCUACUUUCUUGAAGGACUUUGGUGUCUCUAUGGUCAACAUGGGUCGGAUUGGAGUUUUAACGGGCCAAGCCGGAGAAGUUCGGAAGAAUUGCAGAAAUGUUAAUUAA